UAUUCGAAUGUUUAAUGUUCAAUAAUCAGAUGUUUGAGAAAAUUAUUAACUUUUUUUUAGAAAAUAUUAAUUUUUUUUAAAUAAAUAAAUAAAAUGAAUUCAACACCAACUGCAAAUGAUUCAAAAAUGAUUCCAUCAUUAUCAAAUAAAUUGUUACAAAUAAUGAACGAUGAUGAUAUUAUGAAAAGAAAAUUAAUGAUCGAUGGUGAUGGUAUUGGUGAUGAUCGUAAAAUAACUAAUUUAAUUAAACAAUUUAUAUUAUGGUGUUAUAAUGAUAAUGAAUCUGAAUUAGAAUGUGAAUUAUCAGCGGAACGUUUAUUGAAUGUAAUUGAUCAAUCAGAAUUGGCAAUGGCUAAAUCAGUUCAAACAAUAAAAAUGAUAACCAAUGAACUUGAUAAUUAUGAAAAUAUGUAUAAAAAUAUUGAAAAAUCUAUUCAAGAUGCACGUGAAAAAUUAUCCGUAUGUAAAGCUGAAUUAGCACAUGCUAAACAAAUUCGUCGAUAUAAACUUGAUUAUGAUAAUAUUGCACAAAUUAUUGAACAACAUCCAAGUACACAGGAAACACAAAUCAAAUUAAAUGUUUUGGAAAAUGAAAUACAAACAUUACAAAAGAUUAAUAAUCAAAUUGAAUCGAAAUUAGAAAAACGAAGACGUCAAUUUCAAUUGUUAUUAUCGGCAUCACAUCAAUUACAAAAUGUUUUGGAUGAAGAAAACAAUGUUCAAAAUUCGGAUACAACAUUACUGGCUGAUAAUAAUAAUCACCAUGGACAACAACAACAUGCGCUGGAUGAUGAUAAUCUACAAUCAUCAUCAACAACAACAACAAAAGAACCAAUUUCAAUGGAAACUAAUUGAUU